AUGGAGGGGCAAGAGGACCUGGCGGCCUUGGCCUUCCGGCAGUUCGAGGAGCAGAGGAGGGCAGCCGUGGAGCCAGGGCGGAGCGCUCAGGCGGGACAGCCGCAGGGGCGCCCGGGGGCUGCCCCCGGCUCGCUGGAGGCCGCGAGGCUGGCCCUGCCGCCGGGGUGGGCCGGCGCGGGCGGGGCCGCAGCCGCGCCGCCGGCUCCGCUCCAGCCGCCGCCUGGCUCGUGCGGCUCGCGUUCCUGCGCCCCUGCUCAGUGCGAGGAGGUGCGGGGGCCCAUGGAGGCGGCGGAGUACCGACGCAUGCGAGGCGAGGGCGUGCAGCCGGAGGUGAUGAGCGCCAAGCGUGGCAGCGCGGCUGCCCACGAGACCAGGUAUGAGAACUUCCUCGGGCAACACUACCCGCACAUACUCCAGGACAACCGGGAGCGGGCGAGGCGGGAGGAGCAGGGCCGCAGGCUCCGGGCGGAGGCGCGAGAGGCGGCGCCCGCCUUCACGGAGGAACGCGCUCCCGGCGGAGUUGGCUGCCGCCCCGAGCAACCCCAGAUGCCCGCCGUGGCCGGAGGCAGCCAGGGCGGGCUGGCCAAAACGAUCGAGCACUAUACACAUUCGCAGACGAUGAGAACAUGGUAUCGUUCAGCAUUUGCUUCGACAGAGAUUUAUGGGAUGGCGCGUCUAAGUACAUCACGGAUGGCCAGGUGA